ACUGUUCAAGCGAACAGCGUUGCUGUUGGCUGUCCGUCUGCGAGUGUGAAUUGUGCUCGAGAAAUAUUUUUACUGACUAACAUCUCCGAGACAGGCCUGUAGAUUCGCGCAAACAUUUUAGUUGAAACGCCGAAGGCACUGAGCGAAACAACAGACAGGAUGGGCAAAGUGCAAGGCGGCAUGAAAUGCGUGAAAUACCUGCUUUUUGUCUUCAACUUCAUAUUCUGGUUGUCAGGCUCACUGGUGUUGGCGGUGGGAUUAUGGCUGAGGUUUGAUCCAGACACGACCUCCCUCCUAGGCGAAAAUGAUGCCCCUGAAAACUUUUUCAUUGCUGUGUACAUAUUGAUUGGAGCUGGAGGUAUCAUGAUGUUGGUGGGGUUCUUCGGCUGUUUCGGGGCAGUGAGGGAGUCACAGUGUCUUCUGGGAUUGUUCUUCGCUUGUCUUCUGGUGAUAUUUGGCGCAGAGGUUGCUGCUGGAGUCUUUGGCUUUCUGAACAAAGAUAAGAUCAUUAAAGAUGUCCAAAACUAUUAUGAGUUUGCUAUGAAAAAUGAGAACGCCUCUACGGUUACCUCCAUGUAUCACAAUGUGCUUGAGUGUUGUGGGACUAAGUCCUCUCGCCCUGCUUUUUUGUGCACUGAGAGCCAUUCUUACAAGGAUUGUAUCAAAGCUAUAGAAGAUUUCUUCAAUGAAAAACUCUUCAUCAUCGGAUAUGUUGGCAUUGGCAUCGCAGGAGUUAAGAUAACUGGCAUGGUCUUCAGCAUGGUCCUAUGCUGUGCCAUUCGGAACAGCAGAGAAGUUAUUUAGGUCCCUCAUGGUUCCCUUCUUGCCCAGUUGGACUGUCUCAAAGCCCACGUUCUCUAACCUCAUCAGACCAUCACGUACAGGGUUGGGUAAAGGGAGAAGGCAGUGUGGGUCUUGUGAUACUAUUUUGUGAACAGCAUUCUGUAUCUGAUUCUUUCGUUUUAUUUUCACUGUGUUGUUUGAAGAUUACCUCCACUGCAUGGACCAUUACUGCUACUAUAACCACGUUAACCUUUACAUUAACAUGUCUUCAGUUAUUUAUUACUAAAUCCUUAAUAUGAUUACAAGGGGUAAUUUCUAGGCAGUGUAAAUCCCUUUUUUUUUUUACUUUAAAACUUAUGGUCUCUUCUUGUAUCGAGCUCUUUAAAAAAUAGUUCACCCAAAAAGAAAAUCCUGUCAUCAUUUACUCACUCUCAUGUUGUUAUAAACCCAUAUGACUUUAUUACCUCUGUGGAACACAAAAGGAGAUGUAAGGCAGAAUGCUAGCCUCAGUCACCAUUCACAUUCAUUGCAUCUUUUUUUUUUCUCUGUACAAUGAAAGUGAAUGGUGACUGAGCUUAAUACUCUUCCUAACUCUUUUCAUGUUCCACGAAAGAAAGUCAAAAGGGUUUGGAACAACAUGAGGCUGAGUAAGUGAUCUAUCACUAUCCAUCUAACUAUACUUUUAAGGUUAAGACUUAGUGAAGUGGACAGUUAUCUACUGAUGUAAAUAAGCUUUCUGAUGCCUUUCAAUGAUCAACUUCUUUUAAUGUUAUUUAUCGUGUGAAUUAGACCAGGUUUUCUGAGCUAAUCUAGGUUUUUUAGAUCAUGGGCCAUAUUGAUUAAACGUUAAUGCCUUUUUGCAUGACAUAUUGGUUAUUAAUGUUUGUCAGAAGGCUUUGAUUUGCUAAUUUUCCACAUAAGAUGAAAACCGACCAAGAUUUCACAAUUUUUUGACUAAAGCGUAACCAAAACCUCUGACUAAACCCUACGUCACCCUUGGAAUCAACAUGAAAUCAAAUAGAACCUAUUUACUUUUUAAUACACAUUUUAGCCUUAUUGCGCCUUAUGCAUCAGUCCACAUUAGUCAAAAAAACCAAAAAUGUUUUGUAAUCUUGUUUCGUAAAAAUGUUUCGAAUGUCUUCGUAAUCUUUUGCCAAAAUGUAAUAACUUGCUCUGUCUCUGAAAAGACUUUCCUUUUAGGCUAAUGUCACCAGACAUUGAUUUAGACAUUGUUUUAGGCUGCUGUUGUAUGCAAGCCAAUAGUUAACAUGGUAAUUUAAUGCCUGUUGAUGUUGAAAUACAACUUACAAUAAUAAUAAUAAUAAUCCAAUCAAUUUAUGAUGGAUAAAAUCACGUUAAUGCUCUGCAUUUUUAUGUUUGGUAUUGUUUCACUUGAAAGUAAAUGGAAGCAAAAUGGGUUUCAUGUUGACUUUAAGUGAGGUGUCACUUGUUUAACUACUGAACACUUAAUCGUUUUCUUUUAGUGUAAACCUAAUUCAUUUAAAAGCUGUGAAGUCAAAGGAAUUUGAAGUUUUUAAAGUAAAAUUACAAAAACCCAUCCUAACCAAGUAGCAAGUUCAAGCCUUCUACUAGAGCUGCACGAUUCUGGAUAAAUUGAGAAUCAUGAUUUUUUUUGCUUAGAAUAAAGAUCACGAUUCUCAAGAAAAAUUCUUAUUUCAGUGAUUUACAAAACCUGGAUAAAAGGGUAUUAAACAAAGUAACAUGUAAUUUACUAGAGAUUCUGACAAAAUGUUUUCUGCUUCAAUCUAUGCAAAAAUGCAAUAAAGUUGUAAAUCAAAUAUAUAAAUUUAAAAUGUCCACAAGAGGGCGCAACGAAUACAUUAUAAACCAAACAGCACCUUGUGAUUAUUGCUAAAAAAAAUAAAAACAUUUUUUUUUUAAAAACUCCUGUUAAAAAACCGCAUAAUAAUAAUAAUAAUUUAAAAAAAUAUAUAUUUAACCUGUUUCUCACAUGCAAAGUAAAAAAUCAAAACGAGCAGAAAAAAGCUUCAUUAACAGUUCUAUGUUAACUUGGUAUUGCACUUGUAAGCAAAUAUGCAAUAAAACUGUUAUUUUACAAAAGUUGUUUUUAAAAUAAUAUUAACUAAAUUAAAACAAUGAGGCCUUCAGUGUUUCUCUUGUAAACAUUGCUUCAAGCUUAUAAAGGAAUUAUUCAACAGCCAGUAAUAAAAUAGAAAACAGAGUACAAAAUGCUUUAAGUUUUUCAGCAACAGUAGCAAUUAAACAAUAAUAAUAAUAUAAACAUUAAAAAGGUUAAUGCAAAACUAAGCUACUUAAAUAUUUGACACUCUUUACUGUGUGAUUAUUAGAUCUACAUUAAUACUGAUUUGAUGCAGUAAGAAUGCCUAUAACAGACAGCAUGCAGCUUGUAUACAUUUAGACUUCACACAGAUCUAACAUUUUGAAGAAUUUGUCUCAUCUGCUUAUACCUUAAUGGCUGUGUUUGCUUUAAAAUCUCAUCAAUAAAGCGCAGAUUUUAAUCCCGUCUGUUUACACUGGUAAUUCAUUAACAGCUGUGUUUACAUUAAUAUUGCCUAAAGAGAGGUAUUUUGAUUAAAAACAGUGCAGAGUAUCAUGCAGGAGUGCUGCAUUCAUCACAAGACAAGCACACGAGCAGACACAUGCAUGUGAGCGUUUGAGAGCAGCCGGCUGUAAUCAAACAGCGCACGGGAAGUGAAUUUAGUCAGAUCUUGGUAAUGCCGUAAUUUUUUUUUUAAGCAUCGGUGGCUAUUAAAAUAUUGAACUGAACAGAGAUUCUGUCACACUCCUAGCUAAUCGUGGCUGCACCCUGCAGUUUGUAAACUACUGUGCUGGACAGACGUCUUUGGCGGUUGCGUUUUAGUUUUUUUUCCAGCAUCUCAUGCAGGAGCGCUCUUUUGUAGAUGCAAUAUAGUUUAUCAACAUUUAAAAAUGCGUCUUUAAGUGAAUUUCGAAUUGGCAUUUGACCAUCUUACAAAUGCAUGCCAAUGGAGCGUUAAUAUACAUAGCAGAAUCGUUGUCAUUUAGAAAUGUGGGCACAUGGGUGUCAUAAUCGAGAUCGCAAUCUUCUAAUCGUGCAGCUCUACCUUCAACUAUUGCUUUUCAGUUACUUGAACUCAAGAAUAUGACCUAUUGUGUGCCUUUCUAAUCAACAAAGCCCCACUUUAAAUGUGUUUGCAAUAGCAAUAAUUCGCACCAUCAUGUUCGUAGUUGCUCUUAGCUUCUGAAAGUGAUUUUGCAACUUGGAAAAAAUGUUUUUUUUAAAUUCCAUUGUGUCACAUGUAUAUUGCUUUGACAAGAAAUAUGGUCACAGGGCAAUAAAAUCCCCUGAACAACAAUAAAACUGAAAUGUUGAAGGGCACACACA